CCGGGACCGCUGUGGCUCGGGGCUGUCCCCAUGGUACCCGGCUGGCGGCUGCGGCCGAGGCGGUGGGAGGAUGACCUCUCCUCGGGGGCAGAGUGCCGACCUGGCCCGUUUCUACACUGUCACCGAACCCCAGCGACAUCCGAGGGGCUACACGGUGUAUAAGGUCACCGCCCGGGUUGUUUCACGAAGAAAUCCAGAGGAUGUUCAGGAGAUAAUUGUUUGGAAGAGAUAUAGUGAUUUUAAGAAACUGCACAAAGAACUAUGGCAAAUUCACAAAAACUUAUUUCGACAUUCAGAAUUGUUUCCUCCAUUUGCUAAAGGAAUAGUGUUUGGGAGAUUUGAUAAAACUGUUAUUGAAGAGAGAAGACAGUGUGCCGAAGACCUGCUGCAGUUCUCUGCCAAUAUUCCUGCUCUGUACAACAGCAAGCAGCUUGAAGACUUUUUCAAGGGUGGAAUAAUUAAUGAUGGUUCUGAAUUAAUUGGUCCUGCUGAAGGUUACUCAGAUUCCUUUGUUGAUGUUUUUCCUGAGUGUAGUACAGAAGGAUUCUCCAGUGACAGUGAUCUGCUAUCUCUUACUGUUGAUGCUGAUUCUCUUGCUGAGUUAGAUGAUGGAAUGGCUUCCAAUCAAAACUCUCCCAUUAGAAGUUUUGGUCUCAGUCUUUCUUCAGAUUCUUCGGCACUUGGAGCUGUUGCUUCUGACAGUGAACCAAACAAAGCAGAGGAAGAACGGGAGAGUCGUAGCCUCUUUCCUGGCAGUUUAAAGCCUAGGCUUGGCAAGAGAGAUUAUUUGGAGAAAGCAGGAGAAUUAAUAAAGCUAGCUUUGAAAAAGGAAGAGGAAGAUGACUAUGAAGCUGCUUAUGAUUUUUAUAGGAAGGGAGUCGAUCUACUCCUCGAAGGUGUCCAAGGAGAGUCAAGCCCUAGGCGACGAGAGGCAGUGAAGAGAAAAACUGCAGAGUACCUCAUGCGGGCAGAGAGUAUCUCUAGCCUCUAUAGACAGCCUCAGCUUGAUGAUGGAUCUCAGCCUCCAGGAUCACUAAGUUCAAGGCCCCCUUGGAACCUAAGGAGCCCUGCCGAGGAGCUGAAGGCCUUCAGAGUCCUUGGGGUGAUUGACAAGGUUUUACUUGUAAUGGACACAAGGACAGACCAGACAUUCAUUUUAAAAGGUCUAAGGAAAAGCAGUGAAUACAGCAGGAACAGAAAGACCAUCAUCCCCCGCUGUGUGCCCAACAUGGUGUGUCUGCACAAGUACAUCAUCUCUGAGGAGUCUGUAUUUCUUGUGCUGCAGCAUGCAGAAGGUGGUAAACUCUGGUCAUAUAUCAGUAAAUAUCUAAAUAGAAGAACUGAAGAAAGCUUUGACAUCAAGGAAGUGAAAAAAUCCACACCUACUAAAGUUUACCUUCAACAGCCAACUUCUAGCCCUCAGGACAGCAGCAGCUUUGAGUCCAGAGGAAGUGAAGGGGGGAACCUGCUUAAAGCUCUGCCUUUGAAGGCUAGUCUUACCCUGAGUUCUCAAGAUGAUAGCAAUCAGGAAGAUGAUGGGCAAGACAGCUCUCCAAAAUGGCCAGAUUCAGGUUCCAGUUCUGAGGAAGAAUGCACUACUAGUUAUUUAACGUUAUGCAAUGAAUAUGGACAAGAAAAGAUUGAUCCCGGGUCUUUGAAUGAGGAGCCUUUCAUGAAGACUGAGGGAGAUAGUGCUGACACCGGAGCUGUUCAGAGAUUCCCUGCCAUGCUUGCGGCUGACAGUGACAGCCCCAGCUCUCAGCUGAAGUUCUUCCCUGGAGACGAAGACUCAGAAGCAGUUUUUUCUCCAAGAACAUCGGAUUCCCUCAGUAGAUUGAAAAAUAGCCCCAUGGAAUUCUUUAGGAUAGACAGUAAGGAUAGUGCAAGUGAACUCUUGGGGCUUGAUUUUGGAGAAAAACUGUACAGUCUAAAAUCAGAACCUUUGAAGCCAUUUUUUGCCCUUCCAGAUGGAGAUAGCACUUCCAGUUUUAGUCCUAGUGAAAGCAAGGUAGAGUUUAAAGCUCAGGACACCAUUAGCAGGGGCUCAGAUGACUCAGUCCCUGUUAUUUCGUUUAAAGAUGCUGCCUUUGAUGAUGUCAGUGGUACUGAGGAAGGAAGGCCUGAUCUUCUUGUAAAUCUACCUGGUGAACUGGAGCCAACAAAUGAAGCUUCAGCAGUGGGACCUACGAAGUUUUCACAGACCAACGUAGGCAGAAUAGAAAGUAAACUGCUAGAAGCCCCUGACGUGUUAUGCCUUAGGCUCAGUACGAAACAACAGCAAGCCCAGGAAGAACAAGGCACUGAGGAGCCGAAUGAUUCCUCUAGAGCUAAAUCCUACAAUAUAGCAGAGAAACACUAUGCACAGGAGGACCUGGGGGCAUUGUUUACAGCAGCUAUGGAUUGUAAGAGUUCAGGAGACACAUCUCUGUUACACAGCUCAGAUCCUAAGUUUCAGGAAUUUGGAGCAAUGGAGUCAGCAGUAACUACAGAUGUCACGGAAGAAAGCUUAUUCUCUAUUUCUAGUUCACUCUCAGGUGCUAAUGAACAUAAUGCAAACACAGACACUUUAAAAACAGAAGAAGUAUUGCUGUUUACAGACCAAACUGAUGAUCUGGCUAAAGAGAAACCGCCUUUAUUAUUCCAGAGAGACUCUGAGGCUAAGGGAGAAAGUGGGUUAGCACUAGAAGGAGACAAGGAGAUCCAUCAGAUUUUUGAGGACCUUGAUAAAAAAUUAGCACUAAGCUCCAGAUUUUACAUCCCAGAGGGCUGCAUUCAAAGAUGGGCGGCUGAAAUGGUGGUAGCCCUUGAUGCUUUACAUAGAGAGGGAAUUGUGUGCCGCGAUUUGAACCCAAACAACAUCUUAUUGAAUGAUAGAGGACACAUUCAGCUAACGUAUUUUAGCAGGUGGAGUGAGGUUGAAGAUUCCUGUGACAGCGAUGCCAUAGAGAGAAUGUACUGUGCCCCAGAGGUUGGAGCAAUCACAGAAGAAACAGAAGCCUGUGAUUGGUGGAGUUUGGGAGCUGUCCUCUUUGAACUUCUCACUGGCAAGACUUUGGUUGAGUGCCAUCCAGCAGGAAUAAAUACUCACACUACGUUGAACAUGCCAGAAUGUAUUUCUGAAGAGGCUCGCUCACUCAUUCAGCAGCUCUUGCAGUUCAACCCUCUGGAACGUCUUGGGGCUGGAGUUGCUGGUGUUGAAGAUAUCAAGUCUCAUCCAUUUUUCACGCCUGUGGAUUGGGCAGAGAUGAUGAGAUGAACACUGUGCAGGGCGUUCCUCACACGCUCUCAUCUCUACACCGGAGCAGCAGCCUCACAGUCAUUUGUGAAGCACCAAAGCAUAUGGGCAAGGGCCUCUAGAGGACAUUAGGAGGUGGGAGGCUAAAAGGGAUUCAUUUGUAGUUACUAUCUGGGCAAAAUAUAAGCCAUUUUUGCCAGUGACUAUUAUAUACAUAACCCAGGUGUGACUUUUAGGGCUGCUGGUGUGUUGCAAACUCAACUGAAAUAGGAAUGAAUGCCUUUCCAGAAGUUCCUCACCGUGAAACUCUCAGCGAACAAUAAAGUUUUACUUGAAUGAAGGAUAUUUACAUGGCAGCUACUAGUGCCUCUGCUAACUGGGCUUGGUUGAUAUGAUCAAAUUAACAUUUACUGAAUAAUACACUAAAAAUAAUUCAUGAACAGUGUCAUACAUGGGACUUUAAAAACUGAGAAAAAAUAUACCCAGAAUGCCUGAAAGGAAACCUGUACUAUGAUGCCGCAUAAUGUGUUUUGAAUGGAGUCCUCUGUUAUUUUGAAAAGGAGAUAAUACUUUAUUUUGCCAAUUUUGAACUUCAUUGGGUAAUACUGCUUAUUUAGAGAGGACUCUUAACAUUUGCUUCUCUGUGUUGGAGCUCAUCUUUCUCUCCGUCUCCAUUUCUUGUGCCUUUUGCUUAUUCUUUCAUAUUAUCUGUCCUACUUCUGUUAACAUACUUGCAUCAGAAAAGGGAAGGGAGUAUUUAUUUUCCCAAACUAUGUCAACUUAAUAAGGACUAAAAAAUCAUGAUAUAAAAUAAACGUGGUAAAAAUUUA